CCACUUAAACUGUGAACAAGUGCAUGUGAAUCUACUUUAUUUCAAUUUAACUAAAUAACUAUUUAAAAUUAUAUUUUGUCCCUCGCUAAAACUCUGGGGAAAAAAAUAAUCUGAAAAGGCUCAAGAACCUUUUUGAUAAUAGGAAAAUGUCUGUACAAAAACUUUAUAGUAUGUUGUGCCAACACUAAAUAGUGAUAUAAGUUGUUUAUGGAGAAAAUCCAGGAACCAAUCAAAACUUUAUAUCACAGUUAUAUAGUGAAAAACUAAUUUAACAUUAUAACACAAUGAUUACCUUAUAGCAUGGUGCUAUAAUAUAAAGCUAAUUUAACUUCCUAGCAUGUCAUUAAGUGAGUAAAGGAUGAUAUAGUAAGAAAUAGUUUUAUGAGUAAUUUUCCAUUAAGCGAUUGGAUCUUUCAUAAAAAGUUUAAAGGCAUUUAUAGAUAACAACAGAUAAAUUCUUAUAAUAUUUAUAUGAAAAUUGCUAAAUUGAAUUGGACAAAUACACUACAAUCAAAGUUAUAAUGUUUAAAACUCUUUGUAUGAAACUAGCAGAUGAACCCAGUAUUGCCCAUUUCUAACAGUCUUUGAUAGGGUUUCCAUUCAUAAUUAUGUUACUCGUAAUUACGGGUUGUUACGAGUAACACUUUCUUUCACUUAAGGAGGAUAUGACAGGAAAAUAAAGGUUAAUUAUGCAUCAAAAAAGAAAGUCUAGUUUCGCAUAAUUAAGGCGUAAUUACGCGAAACUAUGUAAUAUGAAACCAUUCCAUAAUUGGUAAAGUACAUAUUAAUUCUCAGAAAUGAAUAUUGAAUAUAGCGGGAAAAUAUGUGUAAGGAUAUGUGCGCUACAACCAUGUCCAAUCUGAUUGCAUAAUUUAAAUACUUUCAAAUUGAAGUUCCACUAAUAGUGUGUAAUUAUUACAAUAUUUCGCGAAAUUAAUUAAAUAAGAAGUGUAUAUUUUAUGUGAACAUUUAAAAUAAACUUUAUAUUUGCAGUGCACAGACCCUUUCUAAAAUGAGAUACUGGCCUAACUAAUGGUUCAUUAACAAAAUGAGAGAUAGAAUUAUAUCAAAUAUGAAGAUAAUGAUGAUCCCAAAUAUGAUGAUGAUGAUGAACAUAUAUGCAAUAAUAUUACUGCUACUGGUCUAUAUAUCCAGUGUAUCUAGUAAAGUGGAUUACUGGAGUGAGGACUAUGAUUCAGCUAAAAACUGUAAGGAUGAAGGUCUUAUCUUAGCAAUCAGACAGAAUAAGACUAAAGGAUUUUGUGAAGAAGCCACAGGUGACCUCACUGAAGAUAAGGUUUUUGAAAAUUGUAAACUGAAUAUGGCGAAAACCUUGGGUUCUCUGUGCACAUUAACUACAGUUGACGAGGCUGGCGAACUGCUGUACUGUAAGAACAACCUUCACACAGUUUGUUGCUCGAGAAACUAUUCAUGUACAAGUAACUGGAAUACUAUCAGUGAUAACUUUAUUGAUGUUGCAGUCAGCUUCCUCAAAGAUCAGAAAAAGUAUCUGGCAGAAGAAAAAAAGAAGGGAUACGAAUCUUGUCACUCUUUGAAUUCAAGUUUGGAUGCCAGUAUUUGCCAACAGGAUUGCACAAAAUAUGAAGAAUCUGAUUUUGCAAAAAAGUGCAAAAAGGACGAAGGAUAUUUUAAGUGCUGCGUCAGGAGGGAUAAAGCAAACUGUCAUGAGUGCAGAUUUUGCUGUACACUUCUCAUGUGCACUUUGAGAAUAGGCGGAAACGAAACUUACACAGCAUUUUCCACGUAUGAAAUGGUCUCAAAUACAACUGUACAGGAUUCUAGGACAGAAAAUGAAAUUAAAGCAAAGGAAAACUUUUAUUUGCCAUCUCAUAUGUACAAACAGCCAGAUUAUAGAUGUUUAAACCCAGACAGCAAUGAAGAUCCAACUAAAUGGGGAGCAUAUAAUCCAAACCAAUUUGCAAAUGCUUUAUCUAAGGAGGAACAGGAACAGGUUACCACAUAUCCGUUUGACAACAGAUUCUUAAACUUUGAGGACCCUGAGGUUUUGAAGUACAUGACUGGAAAAAACAAAACCCAAAAGUGGAGAGAGGUUUAUGGAUAUGAUUUCGCAUCAAAACUAGGGGAUACAAGUGAUGUUCUUAAAAAUUGUAUAAAAGCUGAAUCAAGUAAAUUUGCAAAGAAAUGCAAAAAAAGUGGAGGACUGUUUAAGUGUUGUUCAGCCAAAUUUAUAAAAAGAUGGAUAACAAGAACACUACAGAUGAAAGAACUAGAAAAAUCUUUGUUUAGGUGGACUUUAUCCACAUACAACAGUGCAAGAAAAAGACUGAAAGAACUAAAACUGAUAAAAUCUUAUGAUGAGGAUACUUGUAAGGAUGACAAAUGUUUUAUUUCAACAAAUCUGCAUAUCUGCUCUGUGCGGGACAAAUUUUCGGGUCUGACCUCUUUGAAGUUUAAAACACCUUUAGAAAACCCAUUGGGUGGCGCUACCAUACAUAAUGCAGAAAAAGAAUAUAAAUUAAUUUCCAAUAACUCAGAUUUGAAGCUUGGUUACAGGGGAACAUUUUGCCAGUAUUUGGAUACAUGUGCACCUGAACCGACCACAUUUGAAGAAAUUGGGAAAUUUAUGCAUGCUUAUGACAAAGACACCUUUUGCGACUUAAAAGAUAAAAACGUUGUUACCAACAAAACGUAUAAGAGCGAUGAAACAAAGGAAGAAUGCAAAAAACGAAAGUUUCCGAAUAUAAGGGUGUGUCCUAAAAAAAAAUUUUACGAGAAAGAUCCUGACAAAGACAAACCAAGUGUUAGACUGUAUGAAGGUGCUAUGAAACUACUCUGGGGUGAAGAGAGGGAAUUUAAAAAGAAAAAAAAAGAAAGUACAAGCAAAGAGGAAGAACAAGAUGAAAAAAUAGAGAAGAGCAGUGAACAAGAGAAAAAAGAGGUGGGAACAUUUAGAGAAAAAAAGGUAGACAUUAUUAAACAAAGAGGUAGUAAAAGAAAGAACAGAAAACGCAAGGAAAGAAAAAAAGAGAAAAAGAGAAGAGAAGCGAAGAAUUCUAGAAAAGAAAAAGAAGAGAACAAAUAUAGCCUAAUUGCAGCAACUAUUAAAAAAUUGUUUGAAAGUAUGUAGAUAAAAAAAUCUAAAAAUUUACUACAUUUGAUUAAAAUUUAUACAA